ACUUUUAUUGUUUAUUAUCUGGUAAUAUGACAUAUUUGAUCAAUUACUACUAAUCAGGGAUGUAAUGUUUAAAUACAUUAGUCAACCAUAAGAGAACUGAUCUGGAGACUGUGAAGGCUGUCAAGGCUUCAUCAUGUGUUGAUGAAGCCUUGUUGAAGUAUUGAGGUGUUCACUCAGGACACAUCCCAUAAUAUGCACUGUCUCCAAAAGCUCCUCCACAUACUUUCACUAACCGUGAACAUUUCAAAUCGAAAUAUUUUUUAUACUGGAGACAACAAGAGAGGCCCCAUCUCUUCACAAAGCUAACAUAUCAUUAACUUCCAUGCUACAGGUUGAAGGCCUGGUGUAUUCAAAAGUAGUUCUAUAUCAGCGCUUAUCAGUUAUUUGAACACUUCGCAGGAUGGCACAAAUAGUUCAAAAAUGCUGUCUCAGCUCAAAGGCUACCGGCUGCUACCGGCAACUUUUAAGCUUCAUGUUAUGUUACUUCACGUCGAGAAUAAAUCAACACCUUAAUUGUGAUUUUUUUUUUUGUUUUAUUUGUUUUUUACUUCUUUACGUAUUUUACGUUCCUCGAACGCUCCAACUGAAAGUUUUCUAAACGUUCCGCGAACGUUUGCGUAAAGUAUGUAGUUCCGAAAAUUGUUAGUUGGGUAAAGGAUUUAUAAGGAUGUUCAAAAAAGGUAUCUUUGCUACUUAUUGUAGGCCUAUAUGAUACUUCAAUAAUAGAUUAUUUCUGAAGUCUCCAUACAGAAUAUCGUAGCCUCAUGAGAAACUGCCCGUCUCCCACCCAGGAGCGGCUGCAGUACGAGGGUGGACUGGAAGCUCCUUCUGGACGAGGUCUCGGUCUCCGGUGCGUCUGUCUCUGUCUCCUGCUGUGUCCUACAGACAGUCUCCGUACAGCAACCUGUAGCCUAAUACACGGGAUUUUCCCACAGUCAGCGGGGACAUCAUCACCCAGGGUUUAUGGCUGGACGUGGCGCUUGUGUUGUGGAUAGAGCGACGUGACGAAGAUUGGCACCCUGAGGGAAAACGUGGCUGGCGGACAAGCUGUUCUUUAAACUUGACAGAGAUAUGUAUGGAUUCAUUAACAACUGUUUGAAAUCGCUGGUAGUUGAGAAGUUUGGCGAGGAGACUUGGCUCAAGCUCAGGGAUGGAGCUGGAGUCCAGGACACCUUCCUCACAUAUGAAGUCUAUAAAGAUGAGAUCACCAUGCAGUUAGUAGCAGAAGCCUGCAAGCUUUUAGGAGCAAAGCCAGAGGUUGUCUUGAGGCAGUUUGGAGAAUAUUUCUUUGAGUUUUGCAAACGCUCUGGCUAUGAUCACAUGCUGCGGACUUUAGGAGGAAAUUUGUUUGAAUUCACUGAGAAUCUGGAUGCACUUCAUAGCUACCUCGCCCUCUCCUACAAGGAGAUGAAUGCACCAUCGUUUCGGGUGGAGAGGAACCCUGACGGCACCAUGCUUCUCCACUAUUAUUCAGACCGUAGAGGACUAUGUCACAUUGUUCCUGGAAUUAUUGGAGCUGUUGCUAAAGAUUUUUUCAACAGCAACAUAACAAUGGAAAUUGUCAACCAGCUAGAGGAGCUGGAGAGAACUGGGAAGAAGGAGCAUGUGGUUUUCCUGGUUACACAGUGGCCAGCUGUUGCUGCUCGGUCCAGUGCGGGCAGCAGUAAGACUGGACCUUUUCCAUGGACCCAAUCCCUCCAGCCUUUGGCCAGCCGACAUAAUGCCAUGAUCUGGAUUAAAGAGCCUCUUCAUCAUAAAAGAUCCAGUAUCUGUCUCUCCAUGCACAAGAGUCACUGGGAGAUGAUUAGGGGGCUGGUUCGCCUUGGGAAAGGCAAACUAUUGAGGGGCUUUGAACCAGUGUAUCCUAUGACCCUUAACAUUGAUCUGAAGACUUUCUGCCAUGCUUUUCCUUUCCAUAUAGUCUUCAAUGAACAGCUGGUGGUGCACCAGGCAGGGGUGAACCUCCAGAGGAUUGUCCCUGGGCUCCAGACCAUGAGCAUCCAUCUGGACCAGUACUUCAGCAUUGUGCAUCCUGAGGUAACCUUCACCAUCUCCAGCAUCAGGAAGUUCAUCAACAGCCACUUUGUCCUGCAGACACGCAGGGACAUGAUGCCUGAAGCAUGGGACGACAGACCUAUGCUGCAGCUCAGAGGUCAGAUGAUCUGGAUGCCCUCCCUGGACUGUAUGCUCUAUCAAGCCUCUCCUCUGCUGAGAAGCCUUCAGGAAUUAGAGGAGAGAGACAUGCACAUAUCUGACAUCGCGCCGCAUGACGUCACCCGCGACCUCAUCCUGCUCAAUCAGCAGCGGCUGGCGGAAAUCGAGCUGUCCAAUCAGCUGGAGAGGAAGAAAGAGGAGCUCCGCCUCCUGUCUCAGCACCUGGAGGAGGAGAGGAGAAAGACGGAGAACCUGCUGUACGCCAUGCUGCCCAAGCAUGUAGCCAACCAGCUGAAAGAGGGCAAGACAGUGGAAGCAGGUGAAUUUAAAGAGUGCACCAUACUGUUCAGUGAUGUGGUGACCUUCACUAAUAUCUGCUCCAUGUGUGAACCUAUCCAAAUCGUCCUUAUGCUUAACUCCAUGUACCUCCGAUUUGACCGACUCACAACUGUGCACAAUGUUUACAAGGUUGAAACUAUAGGCGAUGCCUAUAUGGUGGUAGGUGGGGUUCCCAUACCGGUCUCCAGCCACGCUGAGAGGGUGGCCAACUUUGCCCUGGGUAUGAUUUUGGCUGCGAGGGAGGUUAUCAACCCUGUGACUGGAGGACCCAUUCAGAUCCGUGUGGGCCUCCACAGUGGUCCCGUACUGGCAGGUGUAGUUGGGGAGAAGAUGCCUCGCUACUGUCUGUUUGGCGACACUGUCAACACUGCCUCUCGCAUGGAGAGUCACGGCCUCCCCGACAAGAUCCAUUUGAGCCCAACUGUCUACCAGGCUUUGAAGAAAAAAAGCUUUGUUAUCCAGAAGCGAGGAGAGAUCGAGGUGAAGGGGAAGGGCAGGAUGAUCACUUACUUUCUUGAAAGAAACUUCGGAGUCAGCGAGCAGCAGAUUAUGGGUCUCUCAGACGUAGAGGCUGCCGCUGGACAGCAGGACAGCCAGAUGAGCCAGCCUGAUCUCCACAGACCAGCUUUUCAGCAGCAGCGCAGGGAUGACCUUUGCUUGAUCCCUAUGGAAUAUGGAGACAACCUGAGUGAACCGCCGCCGUCAACACACGUGUCUGAACCCCAGACCUGCACAGCCAUCAAGCCCCGGGACUCAGAGCGCUACGGAAGCCUGUACACUGAUGAUCAAUCAGACGAUGGAGCGCUCGAUCAGUUAAAAGACACAGAUGAAUUUGGACAAGCAGGAGUGAAAUACACAGAGAAAAAUGCGGAUGGUCCGGACAGUGAACAGCACUUGAUUAACGCUGCUGAGGGAAACAACAAUGGAAGCAAACGCACCCGAACCAGGUUCUGUGUGGUCCUGUGAGUUGGUAAUUACUUGCUGAAUGGUGCAGCAUGUUUAACUCGUGCAAUUGUUAUUGAACACCACUCGUUGAGAAGCUUUUUUGUGGCUAAUAUCACUCUCACUAUGUGUUACAUCAGCAUGCUAGAUUUUCUGCUUUCUCAUUGUUUCCCUUUAGUAAAUGUGUAAUACUUUGGAUGCAGCAGAUCAAAAAUUAUGUUAAAGUUUAAGUUAACAGUAUAUGUUUUGCUUGUAGCUCAUGCAGAAUAUGUGCUAAAUAAUAAAUGUAUUUGCCCCGUCA